AUUGCUGUCACCGAGAAUAAAUCAGCCUGAGGACGAGAGAGCAACAGAAAUGAAAGACUGGAGGAAAGAUUUGAAGCCAGUAAAAAAAGACAAAUGGGACACUGACAGCGGGAGGAAGGAAUGGAGGAAGGAAGCAUCACCGGAGGAGAAGAGUCUGCUAAGGAGGGAGGACUGGAUUAAAGAGCUGAAGUCAGUGAUAAAAGAUGAAUCCCUGCCCAAAAAAAGAGAUGAGCAUGUGAAGAGAAAGCGAGUGGUGCUGCUCGAGGAUGGCCAUUCAUACUUCCCACAGCGGGAGGAGAUGACAGAGGAGAAGAACGAGGAGGUGAAACACAUCCUUCACAGGAGAGUGAACAGCCCUUUCUCUCCUGUUCACAGGAACAGCAGAACACCCCAAGAUCAGGACUAUGAGAUCUCACUCUAUGUCAAGGCAGGAAGUGACGGGGAGAGCAUUGGUAACUGUCCAUUCUCUCAGAGACUCUUCAUGAUCCUGUGGCUUAAAGGAGUCAUCUUCAACGUCACCACUGUCGACCUCAAACGGAAGCCGGCUGACCUGCAGGACCUCGCUCCAGGAACCAACCCUCCAUUUGUGACCUUCAACGGCGAGGUCAAGGUUGACGUCAACAUGAUCGAGGAGUUCCUGGAAGAGAAACUGACCCCCCCGCGCUACCCCAGACUGGCUCCCAAACAUCGAGAGGCCAACACAGCCGGCAUCGACGUGUUUGCAAAGUUCUCAGCUUACAUCAAGAACCCGAGAAAAGACACCAACGACGCCUUAGAGAAAGCCUUGCUAAAGUCUCUACGGCGUCUUGAUGACUUCCUUCGGACUCCCCUCCCUGAGCAGAUCGAUGCUUACGCCCCAGGCGACCUGCCCGAGUCUUCCAGGAGCUUCCUAGACGGGGCUGAGCUCACCCUGGCUGACUGCAACCUCCUUCCUAAGCUACACAUCCUCAAGGUCGUAGCUAAGAAAUACCGCGGCUUUGAGAUCCCGGCGGAGAUGACGGGGGUGUGGAGGUAUCUCAACUGCGCCUAUCAGAGGGAGGAGUUCACCAGCACACGCCCCGCUGAGCGGGAGAUCGAAUUUGCCUACCUGGAUGUGGCAAAGCAGAUCAAAUGAGGAGAGGAAGGAAAGAAUGGAGAUGGAUGAAUGCAAUAAAACAGGGAGGAAGUUAGAAAUAAAGAGAAAUAGAACAGAGAGAAAUACGAGUGUGGUGUCUGGGUGAAGCGAAUUGUGAAGAGUAGAAGGGAGGAGGAAGAUGAAGAGAUGCAGAAGCAACAAAACAUCUAUUCAUUCUAUGCAUGCUGAUUGUACCUGUGUGUGUGUGUGUGUGUGUGUGUGUGUGUGUGUGUGCUCUCACAGGUUGGGUUGCACCGUGAUCUGUAAUAUCUUUAUGCUAAUCGUCCUACAAGUAAUCUAUAAAUUAGAGAUCUGCUUGCAGAAUUAAUUCCUGAUUCCCUUUUGAUUCACUUCUCAGACGAUGGCAGGACCAGGUUCACUGCGAGAAACAAAAGAAGUAGCGUUAUCACUCGAAAUCAACUUUUAUCAAACCCUUUGAUGAACACUUUUUCUCUAAAUUUGAAAAUAAAUAUACACGUGCAAUGGGAGUCUGUUAUUCGCACUAUUGUCGCCAGUUAAGCUUCACAUCCAGUCGCGCUCGCAUUCACGCCUGCGAUAAAUUUAGAAUCGUAUGUUUUCAGACUUUUCUGUGUGAUAUGAGUUUUAACAGUUUCUAACUUUCUCCCAGCAGUCAAUGAACACUGGUUAUAUAAUUAUGUCCCAGCCUUAUCGCAGUCUCAUUCAAAUAUAAACGAUGUCACUGUCAAUCUAAUCACUGCAUUUUAAAAGUGGUACAUGUAAACUACUAAUGUCUCUAUGAGUAUAAAAUGACAUGAUAUUUAAAAGGAAUCUAAUUAGGACAUGAUACGUAAAUCAUAAUGUCUUGUAGAGAAAGCAUUGCAUUGUGGGGACUGCUGAGAAGUAUUAGAUUCAUUAAAAAAUGACUCAUUUUGUUUGCUGUGUUUUAAAUAAAAUCAAAUUUGGCCCACUUUACAUUUAACUGAAAGUAUUUUGGGGAUGUCAGAAUCAAGAAUGAAGGAAACAUCAUCCCAAACCUCCAAAUCUGAUUCGGACAACUUAUAAAGGAUUGUCCUUUUUUUAAUAUUCAACAUUACAGUCCAACAUUUACUAACCCUGACGCCAUGUGCUGUGUUCUGGCCUUACAUCCUCUCUGGGGGGGAUCAUCUUUAUUAAAUAUUGAUUUUAUCAC